AUGCCUCAAGUAACUAGAAGUAGUUUUUACUUGUGGCCUACAAUGCGAAACGAGAGAAACAAUACAGCCAGGGAAGGGGGUUGUUGAUUUUUCUCACAGAUGGCAGGUGCCCCUCUCUCCCCCUCACAAGUGCGAGAGCGGGUGUUCGGCAGCUCUGUGGCGCCCGGCGGCACAGGUUUUCUGGCCCUGAACGCUUUCUCUGCUGUAAAUAUGACAUUUUUAGGUAUUCACUCCAUAGUCUUUAGUAGAUCUUCGAACUUCAGCUUCUGCUAGUCUAUACUGGUGAAGUGCACUUACUGUUAUAACUCAAACUAAAUCUGAAGUGUACCGUUUGAAUUCAACAUUAUUUGUCAAAAUCCCUCGCAUAGACUUUUUAUAUCGUCUAUUAACUGUUUAUCGACGCCAGUCUUUCCGUAUUCAUUUACUUUUCAGUUCUUCAAGCCGGGUGCACGUGUCAUGCUCCGAGGAACCAUAGAUUCGUCCCUCACCUCCAGGGGACCUUAUGUUGUACGGAGCCUACUGCCGUUCCGUGGCAGAAGGGGUAUGUGCAGGUCCAUCCGCACUUCCUGUUUGCGUCCCAAUCGCUUUCGCGUUGAGCUGGCUACCCCAUCGGGCGUCAUUCUGGACAAAUUUUUUAACCCUCAGCAGCUGGAGCCUAUCGUGGAGCUAGGUCAGACUUUAUGCUUUCCGUGAACUUUCAUAGACAUUUGAUACAGGAUUUGACCGGGUUUCUGACAAUGGUAGCUGAGAUUUUUACAUUGCUACUCUAAAUGUGCUUAACCGAAAUAGGCGAACUGCGCUUAUGGCAGAAAUCUGCACUUUGACAAAACGCUCUACUUACCACAUUUUUCUUCUGCUAGUAUAUUUCGGUUGCAAAAAAAGUAGAGCUUUCCGCUAGCAUGCUUCAGAGGCACGAAGGAUCCACGAAUCUGGCGAUGACGUAAUUUAUCAGACAAUAUUUCGACAAACGUACUUCUUUUCAUGUCGGGUCUGGUGCCCUGCCUGUUUAAGCAAGCACGAUCAAAAUGGCAAAAUUGUCAGGAUUCAGUCAGUUUUAAGGAAGGGGAGGAAAGGUGGGGAGGGAAAGGAAGUCGACCAGCUAUUCGUCACAGAGCGACUGGAGGCUUUCAUCAGUAAUAUAAAUCACUAACGGUAUGAUCAAGUAGAGGUUGAACGCACUGGUCUAAUCGGUCGCACAGCACGUGACGACUCCUGCCGACUUGACAGGAAGGCAGCGUGCCGGAUCAGCAGAGGGACGUAAAGGUCAACCGUAUGAAGACUCACGUAAGAACCGCAGACUGGCCGGCCGCUGUCCUAAAUCAGCAGGUGUUUUCCUGUUUUACCCUUUUCCUUAUAGUGUGGAGGUUACUAUUUUGUCUGUUACACGAUUUGCAGUUUUUGGCUGUGUUCUAAGACCCUGAUUUUAAGAGUACGGAACGUUUGACCGACGUAGUACAUAGUGCAGUCCGAAUACUUGAUCCUAUAGAUUAUUUUUUUACAUAGCAAAGUAGCGGAGUCCUUAAGCUGCGGGUUUUCGAAGCCACUUUAUCUGGGACACCGUAUGUUACUCAAAUGCCUACCUUUUUAAUGGCCUGUGUUAGAGCAUUGCUCAAAUGUGCUGGGAAUUCUUCCACCUGACGUUUUUUUAUCCUGACUUAACACAAUCGGGAGUUCGGCGGUUUCAACAAGGCACGCAUUUAGAUGUUCCCUAUGAAUGUGUCUGCAACAAAAGGGGCAAGGCGCUUGAGGAAAGCCGCUAUUUACCCACCAGCUGAGGGCAGAAGUGAUUGACUCCAGACACAGAGUACAGACGUUAACAACCGGUUAUGUUUUCGGCUCCGUCUACCCCUUGAGUGUCUGAUCCUCAUCCAAAGUCUGACUCAGUGCAGUCAGCGUCUUCGUUUCUAGCACGUUCGCAAACAAAAAAGUGGCGUCAAAACUAAGCAUCCUUCCAUUCUCCGAAUGGAUUGUCCCUUUCACUUGCUACGAGCAGCAGCCGAGAUUGGACGUUUGACCGUCCUGUUGGACGACACAUUACUCCAGAGCAGGUGUGCCCAAUCUUGGAUUAUAGAUCAGUGAAGUCGACUCUUUGCUUUAGAGGAUAGUCCUGCUCAUGCAUUCCGAUUAAAAACGUCAACCUGGCAAAAUGAUGAUUUUGGUACCAACCAGAACUAUCAAAACGAACUCAGACUGGUUUAUGGGUUAUCCGUGAGUUGGUUGACCCUCUCUCAUGGGAGUUACCGCUUGCUUGUCUCUGCUUCACGGACCAGUGUGAUGUAGUUCAUUCACCUUUCUCUCGUAAACUGUUUGUCCAAACUAACUAACGUUAUCUGUAUCUGACGGCAAAAAUAUGGGAUUUUCGUCUUUUCGAAGUCUACUAUGGCCUUUCUUUUCUUCAACGGUAGGGUUGCUCUUGACUGACAGUCAUGAAUGCACAAGAGCGUCUGAAGACAGACUUUGUAGUGGAUCUGUCAGCUCAGUCGACGGAUGACACAUUUCUUGUUUUGUCCGAUUCAUGUGAAGUUGAAAUUCAAGUCUUUGAGCAGAAAACAUCUCAUAUCCCCGAGGUGUUCAACUUUGUUCUCUGGUGCGUUGGGUCUAAACAAUCUCGACGAAGGAUAGUGAGACUUUUGUCUGCGUAGCCCAGUAUUCGCCAAAUUCUUCCAAGAAGCAAUAAAUCCAACGGGAUUUAUUCUUGUUAAAGUGCUGACUGAACGCAUGUAGUCGGCUGGAUAGUUGGCAUCUGAUUUUCUUUGCUUUGAGACAAAAAGCGGACUGGAGAGACCUCACCCUCUGAAAUAUUGUUCGACAACCACCUCGCUUUCUGGCCCUGUCAUAGCGUUUGGUGUAUAACGCAUGCGUUGACUAUCAUGUUUUAACGUGCAAGUAAAAACCUCCGAAAAUCGUCAAACAGUUGCGCAACUGGAUGUAUUAAUAUGCUGCCAUUUUACUCUCUCUGUUUGUGUAAAAACUACCGCUUUCCGGCGGAAUCUCUGCCUCAUUCUAACCUAAGUGGCAUAUAAGACCAUUGACCUGUGCCGCUAAGUGAGUAUUUGACGGUCUUUUUUUCUACAAGACUUACUUUACGAUACUUGCGAAAUAUUAUUGAUAAUGACGAGAAUGAUUAAGAUGGCCAUCUAGGGCCAUCUACUCCUUACGCCACAACCUAGGAGACCUAGGAUUUUAAUCUGGAUCCCGUUGAUUAUCGAGUUUAGAGCUCUAUCAGGUAACCGAACAGCAAACUUCGUCAAAUGCAAUCAAGGCGAUUCAAAUCGAAGUUGGAAUGGCGUUCAUCCAGCUGACUUGACUUCAGGUCGAUAUGGAUUGUCCGGUCGAUCGUGCCGCCUCUAUCUAGAGCGCACUGAGGUUUCGGGAUGGCGAAUAGCAGUGGGUGGUUGUGAUGUGUUUCCGACGGGGUCAAAGGACACGGAGACUGUUGUUCAUCAGUGUAUGUCUGCCUGCGAUUGCUCUUGAUGAGAGCUCUUAGGAAAAACUAGUCACCUGCAAUUAGUCGUACAAUCAACCACAUCAGUGAGCGCCACGAUCACAUGGCUAAAUAUUUGAGAUCUCAGUCGACCGUGUAAUCUGGUGGCUUAGUGGGCAAGUUGCUAAGCCCAUUGACCAUCUGUUCCUGUCUACCUUGUCUAUUCUUGAUCGCCGAAAAAUUGCCUUUGCCUCGGACAGUUCGAAAUGCAAAAUGGCAUAAGUGGCUGAAAAGUAGUUAUCUAUGUCUCCUGAUCUCAAUUUUCUCAUGCUGCAUUGCACAUAGUUUGUUUCGAAGCUCCACCUUACCUCAGUAGAGUCGCUGAAUGCGAGUAUUUUCUCUCCGGUCAAAAAGAACGUCAAUAAACUUUGAGCGUCCUGACAUUACCUCGGAAAUUGACAUUCAUGAACGUUGUUCUCCGUAAGCUGCUUCGUUUACAUCGAUACUCAUGCCUGCGUGGUCUGGAUAGCUUUGCCUUUUUAUUGAUUAAACUAUGCGAAUGUAUUGGCUAAAGUCAGUAAGCUUCAUGAAUUUGCGUUUUAAAAUUCCAGAUCCUGACGAGAACUUGUCGUCCUCGGAUCCACCUCGAGUGCCACGGGUUUUUCUCACCCAUGGCACGACCGAGGAGGCCACUUCUACUAUCCCCCGGCCCUCAUCCUGGCGCAUGCUUGCGGAUGAACCUCCUCGAGAGGCUGAUAGCCACCAAUCUCCCUCCAACUGCUCCCCUGAGAAACGACCUCGAAAGUGCCUUUCUACUUCUUCCUCUGUUGCUGCCACCCCCAGCGAAUACGAUAUCCUUGUCUUGGGCCCACACCAUGUCACCAAUCUCCAGCUCGAUGUCCUACAGAGUGGACUCGGUGAACUGGCCGACAGUAUCGUGAACGGAUUCUGUUACGUUCUCUCCAAGGUGAUUUGACUCUUACUUGUGAGAAAAUGCGAUGCAGUAUUUACAUAGAAGCAGUACGGACGGAAGGGGGGGGGGGGCAAACCAAAGAAGAUAUUUGGUUCUUAGCCAGGAGGCGCCCGCUACUAGAUGGAAUCAAACCACCGAGCUUCGAAUGUCUUGCCGGAGACUGGCCUCAUGAGUUAUCGCGAGCACGCCCGCCAGCUGGGCACUUGUUCGCCCUGACUCGCAGAGUCAGCCCUACUGUCUGAACAACUUUUCUGCCAAGUUUGUGGACCUGCAUUUAAUUCUUAUUUAUCUCAGCGUCUGGAUUGACAGAUGCACCAGUGAGACUACGCUACGCUGUCCGCCCGAGCACUUUGCACAGCGUAUUUUGUCGAGGGUGUUUUGUGUCCGGUGGGAGGUCUCACUGAUCCACAUACCCUUUCUACUAAUGAGAACACCGAAGACUCGAAGCCAGCUUGCGGGUUAAUAGGAAUCGUGACAUUAAAUAGCCGUCGAGGAAGAUAUUGGAAACUUACUAGGUUUGCUCGGAUGUUUUAGCUGUCGCGGAUCUCUUGUUUUAAAACUUUGUAAUAAUGCGAGAAUUGUUCACCUGUCGAUGUAUGCUAAAACUUCCGCCUCAUCGGCAGUCAAAGUCGGCUCUAGAAGUUUGCGCUGAUGUUCUGCGGUGACAGUUCCUCCUUUAAUGGAAGCCGACUCAUCCUAGUUUACCAAGGCUGAGCAUCUAUUAUUCCAUUAACCGAAUGACAGCCCAUGAACUUUUCGAUAGGCCAUGAAUCUAUUAUUGCUAAGUCAGACACUCAGCGCUCUAGGGAUUGCUGAACCAGCAACUCUGCAUACCUAGAGUCGCCGGGUCGAAAAUCUUGCAGAGCUAAUACGCGGCUUGGAAAUAGCUAACCUGAUAAUACAGACAGUGAAAUUGGCUAACGUUUUACCGCUGCUUUCCUUAAGCUUGUGUCUCCUACACUUCACGGCUUCGAUUUUAUAACCAUAGCUAUUUAUUGCAAUUCCUUCCUUCGCUUUUUCCAAACUGCACGUGCAUCAUCGAGGAGAUCAAUAAGCUGUCCUUGCUGGCUUUGCCAGUAACAUAUGCAGAGACCGAGCAGUAGGAAAUCAAAUAUGGUCAUUGACUUACACACCCCUGUGACUACCUCCGGAAUUUCAGCCUUCUAUUUGUAGACAAUAGACGAUUGUGAGGCUGUAAAUCGCGAUUGUCGGGACGUUUGUAUCAUGCUAAGAUCGCCAGGCGAAUUAUUGUCGUCUGUGUCGCUGACAGGCCAAACUUGACGGCAAGCGCCCAGGAAACGGGCCACACCUGACUUGCCGCGUGGUGUCAGUGAUGACUGGACUUUUACAAGCUUGCUUUCCGCAGUGCUUCGAAGUCUCCUCGAACACUCCUGAAAUAAUUUCUAGAUGUCUGUCGAGUGUUAUUCAAAUCACGCACACUCCCCUCCCCCGUAUUAUUUCAUGCACACACAGACAAGACAACCCUGUCUUACUCCCGUGCCCUUCCUUUCCCCCCCCCCAGUCCAAGGCUUUUACCUGUCUUUCCGAGGGUUCUGUCGAAUUGCCCAGUUCCCUCUCCCUGGCCUGCAUCCUCUCGGCAGCACGGUCUCCCCUACCUGUCUUUCCGAGGGUUCUGUCGAAUUGCCCAGUUCCCUCUCCCUGGCCUGCAUCCUCUCGGCAGCACGGUCUCCCCACGGCCAGGACCCCGACUCGCUGACCGUCAGCGUGCUCAGAUUCUACUCCCUGUGGCGGCGGUGGUCUGAACGACGCCUCGUCCUCUGCCCCUUCCUACAGGAGGUCUCCUCCGGCGGCGAGGAGAGCUCCAAUCACUGGAUCCUUCUGGUAGGUUUUCCUCUCGGCUCUUGUGUCUCUCGCCGCAACACGGCCACCAAACCCCCGUCCUCUCUCGCUUAGGCUGUUUUACUGCGUCGGGUCCCUCCGCACCGCCCCGAUCAAGUUUUGUGAGUAGUUCUAAUAAUGGGUCUUUAUAGCGCCACCGCUGGAUCGAUUACGCCGGCGUUGUUAGCCGAUGUGCACCACACGUGCCGUUGGUCUUAUCUUUCGGGCGUUUUAAAGUACUUUAGCAUAGUUUACGAGUUUUAUGCGCCUACCCGCUCACUUGUCCUGUUUAUUCUGUGCCGAAACGCUUUUUUCGCCCUUAUUAAUGUUCCUCAUUCCCUGUUCAGGUACUAGCCACUAUGAAAUGCGUGCUGUUCUAGACACUUAUCAACAAAUUCCGCAAAGCUGUCCUUUCUUUCGUCCCUGCAAUGACAUUUCGCCUUAAGGUGGCCCUGCUUUGCUAAUUGCUUAUUCUUGCACCAAUUUUCGCCCUUUACUCUGUGCUCUACUAGUGAUCAAUCAGGGAGAUGUAAGAUUGAAAUGGAUUUUUCCAACAACUUUUCAUCUAUGCAUAGUUUUUGUUGGCAUUUGAAUAUGACAGACAGACCUGGCAGACUGAAGACCAGCGGGAGAAGGCGAAGUGAAUUCCAUUUCUUACUAGUCCUAUAUUAGAAGCUGGUUUCUCGAUGGUUUUCAGUUUUCACGACUUUACAGUAACUUACAUUGUUUACCUAGGAUGAAUAAUCGAAAAACGUGCGUUCCCGAAUUUGACUUUUUCAUGUCAAAAUUGUUGACCUGCCAGAUAUUGCAGUUUCUGGCACAUUUUACCCUCAUAGAGGAGUGUGGGUAGUCAAAGUAAAAUAAACUACAGACUUUAUUUGCUGGUGUAAAUGUAUGCAGUAGGUUUACUUUUUUACCAGAGUAGUUUGGAUGGAUUUGGAAAAUUUUUCGUCGACUCACAGCCACGAUGGUGGUAAAUCUUGUGCUAUUUGGAAUCAGAACCUCUGAUCAGCACAAAAAAGAGCCAUAAACUUCAAUGACUAGUUUUUGACUGAUAAAAUGAGGCAGCACUGUCAAGUUAUGGAAUCCAAGUCUAGUCUUUUUCUUCAACUGCGGCUAGAAGAUCAGUAUUACGCGUAGUUGGUGGGAACGAAGAUGUGCCAGCCCGUUCUAUAUCUCUUUCAAGGUAACGAUGACUGUUACUUACAAUGCAGGUUUAAACUGCAGUAUUUCAUGGCCUUUGUUCAAAGAGCGUUGGGGUUUUGCUUACUGUUGCUUUCACAAUCGCUCUUCUAUUUUCCCAUCUGGAGAACAAAGACCACAAACGCAAGCCAGAACACAGUCUCAUUAAACUGGAGGACUGUUAAUCCCUCUGCAUGUCGAAGGAGACAAAAACUUGACACUGUUAAUUGUCUUCAUUAUGUCAGCUGACGGGACCGAGGGGCGCAUAACUCAUUAGCCGGAGCCCGAAAAUGACCCUUGUCUGCUCGGCUGUAUCAUAUGUCUGUCCAAGAUUUUCCCCACCUGUCCCUUCAUUUGAUUCUUGUCGUCGUCGCUGAUCCUCUCACCCCUUUUUUGUGGGCUUGGUUCCAGGCUCUCUCGGUUAGGUCACGUGAACUUUGGGUCCUCGACUCCCUCGGCCCUGACACUUCGGCGGUAAGGCGGUUUCUUCGACUCCUCAGGUGAUUUUCCUCAUUCAUCCCUCUAUCCCCCACAAUCCAGUCUUCUUCAAUCACACCGAACAGUUUUCUAUCUUCAACGAAGUUCUGCAAGGAGUGAAAAAAAGUUAGUAAGACUGGGUUGACCCAAUGAAUAGGUUUUGAGGCUGCUAAACCGAUGGGUUUCGGAGAAAACAUCUUCCUACCUUCUUUAGCCCACUCCACCACGUGGGUUACCAGGGAUUUUUACAGUUCGGCCGUCGUUACCGGCGAUGUCCACCAUAUAAUCCACAGCAUGUUGGCCGCAGGGACGGCGACUUGCGCGUGAAUUAGCUGAUACUGAUGGUAAACUUGCGCAUCAUCUACCACACUCUCCUAUACCCACCUGAACCCUAUGUUAAGACAGUGUCAAGAAGACCGGAAGCAUGCUCGGGCGCAUUAACUGACGAGGCCAAACGGUUCAUCUGUGCGUGCCACACGCCUGAUCCGCUCACGGUGGGCCGAAAUUUCAGCAAAAUAACCAACGGACUCGAUCCGGAUCCAAAUCGAGCGGGAGUGUCAUAAAGGCCACCUUAAAAACGAGCCAUUGCAGCCCGACUCUCUGUCCUGAGAGAACCGAGUUGCCCCAUCAUUUGGUAGCUAACGAAGCCACGUCUUUUAGCACACCAUGAUGAUAUAAAGCGCGUCAGACCUAUAGUGAGGAAUGAUCCAACUUACCUUUGGGGUGGAUUCCUUAAAGUCUAUCCUACUCUCUCUUCCCUCUGCCAUGCGCCAGUUGACUGUGCAGGCCGGCCAACCAACCCAGGCUGAGAUUGGGCGCAGCAGCUGACAGUGCUUAAACAGAUCUUCUACGCGUGCCAUGCACGCGACCAACUUCUUGAACGGCGUCAGAAUUUUACGCAUUGGAGCGGGCUGCUCAGAUCUCUUAUGUGCUAGAAUAGCACAGGGCCCGAGGAACACACUUCCCACUUACGUGAGGAGCGCUUGUUCCGUGUCUGCUGUAUGUAAUGUCGGACGUGUUCCUGUGUGGUGCAUGUGUUGAUGGGAAAUCUGUGAUGCGGUCUUGUCUGCGGCGGUUUAUCGCAGAUCUCCAUGAAAGCGCAUGUGGCCAAGCUGGCCCAUACGGGAACUGAGUAUGCAUGGGCAGCGUUGGCAGUUGAGUCGGGUGCAACUAGUGUAUGUUGGUGCUCCAGGCAUUGGCUCGACAGGUACCGCUCAGUUGGGCGAAGAAGAGAGAGUGCAGUAGAUUCAGCGGAAGUCUACUAUCACUGUAAACUAAUUCACGAACAGGUCACCGUCCCUGCGUUUACCCUGCUGUCGUGCAUGUGGUGGAUAUCGCUGGAAUUGAUGGUCGAACAAUCGUGCGCGUAUGUGUGUAUCCCUAAAACAGGCCACGUUGUAGACGUGCUGGACCAAAACAGGGGCUAGGUCGAGGUCUGACAGGCGUUAUUAGGACUGUGCACGCAUAACAAAUAUAAACAAUGGGGUGUAACGGCACACCCAUAUGCAGACUUACGCCGCGCCAAUUGGAAUCCGAGUAUUCCCCUUUUUUCUUGUGUGAAAUUCUGGUCACUGUUUGUUGUGGACCAGGUGCUGUGGUGGCACGCAUAGGUGCGGGUUUAUGCCGUGCCAGCCGCCUACAAAAUCUCUCGCCUCUGGUUUUUUGACUCUCAUGACACCGGGCCCAGGUGGGGGAGGAGAGGGUGCGGUUGAUGCAUCGCAAGUCUACCAUCAUUGUAAAAUAAAUCACGCACAAGUCGCCGUCCCUGCUCUCACCCUGCUGUGGAGCACAUGGUAGAAAUCGUCGGUAACGGCGGCCCGACUGUCGGUUCGUCACGUUCUGUGCGAUGGAGUCACAAGUGACCAACCAGGCCGGUGCGUGAUGUGCGUUUUCGGCGGCAUUGUGGGCAGGACAGAUUGGUGGCUGCUGUGUUGGUUUAAGUAGUGAAAUGUGCAAGUAACUGCCAUCUACGCCAGUGGGAGACUUUCGAAGCACUUCCAUCAUCAGGAGAUGGGAUUCGCCGGCCUAGGUGUGGCAUUUGUAACAACUGCAGUUAUUAGUUCGUCGUAUAUGAAACUACGACUGUAGGUCUGCACUAGUCGUUAGCAAAGAUUUCAUCUCUUUCACCACCGUUCUUACUUUUGAUGUUCUGAGGAAGAGGAAAAUCUAGGGAUUCGGACCGAAAAUACAAGAACGGCUCGUUUGUGUUUGACAGCAACGGCGGGUCCAAAUCACGUAGUCUGGGAAUUUUCGAUGUUAGAGUAGCAAAGACCUUUCUUGUCCUUUCCUUGGCAGUCAUGAAGUUUGUUGCCCAAUUUUAGGCAAUGCAACAAGUGCCUUCUGGGUGUCAUGGAGCCGUGGAAUCUGCGGACCGUUCGGCAUAAUCGCCAAACUGACGACAACUCCUGCGGUCUCUUUGUGCUUGGAGUGAGCUGGACUCCUAUCUAUUGCUUGUCCCAUUCCGUUGUUUAUAUUUAAGUCCGACUUUCCUUGCAGCCAAGGAUGAGGGACAAAAGGUCUCUUAAAACAGGCCCUUUUCUGAUCAACUUUAUGCGUAUCAUUUGGCCUAUUUCGUACUUCCCACUAAACACACUGUCGCAUGGCAAUGCUUUGGCGGCAGCAUAUGUAGUUGGCUCAACCCAUCUUUCCCUUUUUAUUCUGGUCACUAUUCUGCACGGGACGUCUCACUGUCCCGAUUGUAGCCUGAAAAAUGCUUUUCCGGUUUUCCUUAGAGUCCCAAUAUAGUCCCCACAGCCGGUCAAAUAGCGACCUAUGGAAGGAACACCGACAGGUACAAGAAAGACUUGAACGCCCAGUCUUGUCGCCACCUAGGGUACCCCAACUCCUCUACGGUAACACUUGCAGUCUGAACUCGUGCACUUUGCUCACUGAGGGCUGAGUCAAGCGCGGCGCCACUGAAUCACGAAUUCGUUGUUCUAGCACUUUUGAUCGGAGGUUUUGGCUAUUCCGCAAGUGGUUCUUCGUCAAUCUGAUUUCACUCUCCCCGAUCCUUGUCGGUAUUUAUUCUACAUCCUCACUUGCCGCUACGCGACCGCCUGCGAGAGCUCUGGAUUAGAGCACGGAACGAGCAUGCUCCGAUCUGUUUUCAGGUCAGCGAAGCGCUACAUCCGGGAUACUUAUUGCUUCCAAUCUAAAUCAACAGGACAAAUAACUCGUGGUUCAGUGACAGAACGUUCAAAUCCAUUUUCAGUGGUUCGGGUUCGAACCCCAAUUUAUUCAGAUCUAAAACUGAAGCGUGUCUGGCCGAUGAUGGACAGUAGGCCAGGAAUUGCCAUUUCAAUGCGGGUUUACUCCCUACUUGAUACUUGUUUUUCAUAUAUGUCUUACUGCCGGUGCUUCAAAGUCACCUUCGAAGCGUUCAUGGCCAUCUUCGUUCGCCUUCCCUCUGUUUUACCAUAGGGGCUUGGUGGAUUUGGAAAGAGAGAGGUGUUUUGUAGGUUUACGUCGUGAUAGACAAAGUAACGUACAAGUCAACACUACGCACCCCCUGAGUCAAUGGUGAGCAUCGUCGCUUCGUUGGGCCGAAUUAUGCUGGUUGCAGUACAAUGUAGUACUCUUCGACUUGUGGAUUUAGUGCGUGUAACCACAUCCAGCCUACUGUAAUGUAAUAAGUAGUUGUAUUAACGUGUAAUAGAUAUGCUGCUCACUGGUAACGGACUAGACCCGCUUAUAUCGAAAGUUCCUUCCGAGCUUUACUCGAAGAUGGUAAACAGUCACUAUUAAAUUAUUAGCUGUUUAUGUUUUUAGCAGAUUAUACGAAAGUUAUUGUCAACAGUUCUAGAGGUCUCGGCGUCGUGUUCGAGCCAAAUAGGUAGCACAUUGGACAUAUUUUCCGUCACCAGUCCCAUAGGGGUAUCAAUUAUUGUAUGGCGGAAAAUUAAAUUCGGAUCAUACGUGCCCCUCAUAUUUACUGGAAGACCUUGUGGUAAGGGGUUUUCUCGUUUUAGAUACGAGAGUGUUAGCCCACAUGAACGACCAAAAUGAAUCAAUCCGGAGAGACUUUAUGGGAUUGUCAGAGCUGGCCCCUUCACCACAACGAGGGAAAUCAAUUAACAGUUUGACGUUAGCUUUUAAGUUGCCGUACGCGAACUGACGAAGGUGCGGAAAAGUGUCAGUAUCUGGAAAGUUGGUUUUUGUACGACCUGUCGGAAGGAAUCGUCAACCAUCUGUCAAUUGUUAGGAUUCUUUGCUUACGUGGCAGUCCCUAAUCCAUUUUUGAACAGCGUUAUUGCUGGUGACUAGAAUUGAAUUCUUGAUCGUAACACUAAGCCUCUUCUUCAAUGGAUCAGUCGUGCGGUCCGAUCAGUCCAGGAGACUUUCAUCCUAAAAAGGUUAUGUAGAAUUCAUGGUUGGAUAUCCAAGCACUCAUGCAUUAUGAGCUGACGAAGGACACUCAAAGAGGAUGUGUAUUGCUAGAAACUUUUCCGUUUAAAAGCUACUCUAAAGAGGAAAUACCCGUCUUUUGUGCAAAGAAAGGCAGCCAUCUUCCACCAGCACAGUGUCAUUUCGCACACGUUAAAGGUCAUUAAGUAUCUGCCGCAGGGAUUUGGCUUCGAAAAAGUGCCGCGUUCAACUUGUUCUGCUGUCCGUCCUCCGGAUUAUCGUUUGGUUGGGAGUGUAUGAAACCACUUUGAUGGACUAGGAUUGCGAUGCUGUUUUUUAUUACUUUCCACCAAGUCCUAAUUAAUUCUGCCAAGAAGGCAUCACCAGGCUAAUUUGGUGGCGGAAUGUUGUUGCAGAAGACGUUGAAAGACGCGUUUAUACUAAAAUAUGUCUGUGAGCAUUAACUGUUUUAAUACCUUGUGUAUGCGAAGAACGUAACGAACUUUUAUUCCGAGCUAACACACCUCUCAUGAUUUUUUUUUAGUUUAUUCGAAGCAUACUUGAGAAUGGCGGCGAAAUACCUGGCUCCAUCACCGUCGACGUAGAUGAGGUGCGCUCGUAUGUAUUAGAAACUCUCCUAACGCAUACAGGUAAUUCCUCCCGUCCUUAUUCAUCUCCGCCUAGAAAUGCAACCGGUUUUGGUUGCGAUUCAUGUUGGCUGACACAUCUUAUGCUUUUUAUGAAUGCUGCCAAUUUAACUGUUCUGCUUUCUUUUCUCCCUUACCGUUUAGCGCCGGAGUCCACAGCAGCUACUAAUGACGACGUCAAGUAG